UUCCUGACGACAAUUCCUGACCGUCAGCUUGACGGUUGCCUCGAGUUUGUUAUCUAUCGGACGAAGUAUUUAGGAUCACGCGAUUCGUCUAGAACACGGCUUAGAGGCGGAUGGUUUAGAUUUUAAACUUUCUACGUGUGGUUUUGGCGCGUCUCGCGCCUUCCAGCCGCCAUCAUGUGUCGGUUGAUGGUGUAUUUAGGGACGCCGUGCCUAUUAGCAGACUUAGUCACUAAACCCUCUAGGUCGCUUACACGCCAGUCGUACGACGCGAAGGAACGGUUAACGGGUCAUGGAUACCUUAACGGGGAUGGAUUUGGGAUUGGGUGGUAUUUACCUGAAGGCCACGGUCCGUUAGCAAUCGACGAUCCCACGCCUUGCGUGUUCUCUUCCAUCCAGCCAGCCUGGAACAACGGCAACCUCGAGCGGUUGGCGAAUAAGAUCAUUUCGCCACUCAUCUUCGCUCAUGUUCGCGCGGCGUAUCCGGGAAUAGCCGUCAAUGACUCGAACUGCCAGCCGUUCGUGUGCGGGCGGUACCUGUGGAUGCACAACGGGGGGGUGGGCGGGUUCCACAAGGUGCGGCGGAAGCUGCUGGACUCGCUGAGGGACGACGUGUACCAGCAGUGCCCCUCGUUCGAGUCCGACUCCGCCAUCUGCUUCGCGCUCUUCCUCAACCUCAUCCACGACCCCAUGCAGCAGCUAGCUCCAGAGGAGCUGGUUGCUAAAAUGGAGGCGACUAUUAACGAGGUGAACCGACUGUGCGGCGAGGCGGGGGUGGCAGACGAGCUAUCUCUGCUCAACUUCGUUGUGUCCGAUGGGCGAACCGUGGUGGCCACCAAGUACUGCAACCUGCCCAACGAGGAGUGUGCCACGCUCUACUAUGCCAGCGGCAGCCGCUUCGAGUCGGCGGACGGCAACAGCAAUGACUACUUGGUGCGCCAUGCCGACCGCCGGGGGCUGCUGGGAAUCGUGGCCAGUGAGCCACUGACAGACGAGAGUGCAGACUGGAUCCAGGUCCCCCGCAAUACGUGUGUGGUGAUGACGCGAUUCAAGGGCGAGUUUGUGGACGUCCUCUUGGUGCCCAUCAACCCGCCCCCCUCAGUGGCCCGUGACAUCUCGCGCGCAUUCAAGUCCCUCGCCAGUUGCAACACCACCAGCCUCAAGGUGUCGCUCCGACGGCCCAGGAGGGCGCAGGGGAGGCGACGGCUGCCUGCCGGGGCUCUGCAGCAGCAGCCGCAGCAGAGGAAGCAGCAGCCGCAGCAGCAGCAGGUGCUGCAGUCCCCAGUUUCAAGCUCCUCCUCUCAAACCGUUCUUCCUCCAGCCACCGGCACUCCACCUCCUCUUCCUGCUGCUGCCGCCGCUUCUGCUGCUGCUGCGUCUCCUGUGGCUGCUGUUGCUGCAGCUGCUGCUGGUAGUGUGUCUCCAGCAGUGCUACCAGCCUCAGGCAGCGCAGGCAGCUGGAGAGAGGGCCUACGGGAUCUAAUCAGAGACCAGGAUGGGAGGGGUGGGGGUGGGGGUGACGAGGAUGAUGAUGAUGACGAUUUCGAUGGGGAUGCAGGGGUUUACGGGUACCGCAGCCAGUCGGUGAACGGUGCCAUCAGCACCAACGGUGGCAGCAGCAGCAGCAGUGGCAGCAGCGGCAGGUAUCCAACCACAGUGCUCCCACCCGAAGGCAUCCCUUUAACCGACACGCCCCGGCACUCCAUGGCCAAGCACCGGCAGCCGGUGCUCGCCCUAGCGGUGGACGGUAACCGCGUGUUCGCGGGGUCGCAAGACGGGCUCAUCACUCUGUACGACCUCUCGGACUACCGCUGCGUGUGCACGCUGGCAGGCCACAGCCAGACUAUCUUUUCCCUUACAGUGCAGAAUGACCGGCUGUAUAGCUCGUCUACUAGGGUUGUGAAGAUCUGGAACACCAAGACGUUUCGUUUGCUGUCCACGUUGAGGUAUUCCGAUGGGGAUGUGUUUGCGCUGGCGCUGGCGCUCGGUAGGUCGGUAGCAGGGCCGGCAGGGACGUCGAUUGUGAGGUGCACUAGGGCGUCUGCGGCGGCUGCUGCUGCUGUUGCUGUGGGGGUUGCUGGUGACCGGGGGAAAGGGAGGGGAGAGGGAGAAGCGGUGGUAAAUGGGCAGGGGCAGGGGCAGGGGCAGGGGGCAGUGCAGAAACAGUUGAAGCACCUGCACAGCUUGAAGGAUUUUGUGCUUCCCUCUGGUCCCUCCUUCCCCGAUGCGCCGGCCAUGCUGGAAACUGCUGCUGCUUCCACAUCUGCUUCUGCUGCCUUCUCUCCAUCGCUUGCUGUAGCCAAUCGCAGGUCGCCAGCUGCCAUGGCAGCGGCGGCCGCUGCUGCAGCUGCCGUGGCAGCAGGAGGGGAAGGGGCAAAUUCUGUGACUGGUCUCAGUUCCUCUCAGUUAAGAGCCAGAGGGGAGAGCAAUAUUGCCGCUGAAUCAGAGGCGUCAGGAGGAAGAGGAGGAACAGCAGCAGCAGCCACAGGUGGAUCUAUGUGGGAGCCUUUGUCCUCUGAAGAGACCCUCUGGCCCCAGGCUUCAGUCUUAGACUCACACCCUCGCAGUAGUAGCGGUGUCGCCGCCGCCGCUGCUGCUGCUGCUGCUCCUGUUGCCAUACCUCAGGCCCGACCCCGAACCAAAGGACCAGGCUCGGGCCUAGACAGUGGUGCCACCACAGUGGGCUCUGGAGGGCAUGUGGUUCGGGUCGGGUUCGGUGAUCUGAGCCAAUCGCUGUCCCCCGAAGCUCACCUAUACGGCUACCUGGACGGGGCUAGGUCCGGUGGAGGGUCAGUGGGGUCGUACCGAGGUUCGGCAGGGAGGUCUGGAGGCUCUUUUAUGGCAGUGGUGGGGGAGGAGGAAGAGGAGGAGGAGUUUGGGAAUGGGAGGGCGGCGGAAGGGAGUGGUGGGGGUGUGAUGGGGGGAGGUGGGUGCUAUGGUGCGCAGGGGGAAGAGUUGAGAGUGGAAGGGUGGCAUAAAGAGGUGGUUGGCAGGUUACCUGGUAACCAGGAUGUACCCAUGAAUGGGCAGAUAAAUGGCCAGGCGAUUGGUCAGGGGAAUGGUCAGGUGAAUGGGCUGAUGAGCAGUGUUGCAGCAGCACAGGAGCCACAGCAGCAGUACGUGCACCAACCACGGCAGCAGGAGCAGCACCAGGGGGGAGGGACGAAACCAUGGGGAGGGGGAGGGGGAGGGCCAGGGGGUGGAGUGGUGCGCACGGUGUGUAAUUCCACGGAGGCAGCGCUGCUGCUGACAGACUCCAAUAAAAGCGGUCAUUGCAGCCGGGUGUAUGCUCUGGCUGUAGCAGACCCUCUCAUCUGUAGCGGCGCUGGUGACACCUUUGUGAAGGUGUGGUCGCUGGUGACAGGCGAGUGGGUGGCAACGCUGCACGGCCACAAGGGAGGGGUCAUGGCGCUCGCCACAGCAGACGCAGCUGCUGAUGCGAACACCCGCCGUUCCUCUGACUCGCAACAGUCAGAGCACACCAAGCCUCACCACGCACCGCCGCCCCGAGCCUCCAAGCCGCUGUGGCGACUGUUCAGUGGCUCUCGCGACAACACAAUAAGGGUGUGGGACCUCUCGUCGCUGCUCUGCAUCACCACCCUCACCGGCCAUACCGAUGACGUCGUGGGGCUCGCUACGGGGCCGCACAACCGCCUCUUCAGUGCAUCGGUGGACCACACUAUCAGGAUGUGGAGCAUGGUGACGUACGAGUGCCUGCACGUGUUUCUCCAGGAAGGCUCCAUCUUCCUCUCCAUCGCAUGCACAGCUACAGGGGUGGUCACGGGCUCCAGUGAUGGUGUAGUGCGGUACUGGGAGGUGGACACAGCCAGCGUGGACCAAUCACAGGCAGCCACGGAGGACAGCAGAGGACUCUCGAGCGCCUCUCAUUCCCACCACCUCCCCCACUCCACGCCAAGCUUCAAGCUCCAGACUGAGUCGGUGGCGGCGGAGCACCGGCUCAUGGAGGACACGCUGAGGCAGCUGGUGCGCAUGAAGACUGUCAGCACGUGCGCCUCCCGCCUUGCAGCACAGGAGAUGUGGCGGGGAGCCAACCUGGUGAUGGGGCUGCUGGAGGACAUAGGCGCGGAAGCCAAGCUGGUGGUGGCUGUGGACGGGACUAGCCCGGUGGUUUUCGGGCGCAUCGUGCAGGAUCCCAGCCGCCUUACGGUGUGCAUAUGUGGCCACUACGAUGUCACGGGUGCGGGCGAUGUGGACGGCUGGAUGAGCGACCCCUUUGAUCUGACGGCUCAGGACGGCUUUCUGGUUGGCCGGGGCGUGUCCAGCAGCAAGGGCCCGCUGAUCGCCUCGCUCUUUGCCAUCAAGGACCUGGUGUGCCGCGGCGAGUUGAGCAUCAACAUAGUGUUUGUGAUCGAUGGCAUGCAGGAGAAUGGGUGCAAGGGCUUUAAGGAGGCGGUGUACAGCAACCUGGACUGGUUUGAGGGCACUGGCCUUAUUCUCAGCAGCGAUGGGGCGUGGAUUAGUGACCACCACCCGUGCCUCAUCUACGGCAUGAGGGGGCUCAUCUGCCUGACAGUGUCGGUGACUGGCCCACUGAAGGACCUGCACUCGGGCACGCACGGAGGCACGUUCAACGAGCCUGUGAACGACCUGGUGACCGUGCUGUCGAAUUUAGUGGACUCCAACAACAUGAUCCUCAUCCCAGGGUUCUAUGACGACGUGAAGCCAUUGGAUGAGGAGGAGGAGGCGCUGUACCAGGGACUGCACUUCAGACUGGAGGAAUACAAGGUGCGCAACGGCCUGCGGUCGGUGACAGGAGGCACGCCCAGGGAGGUCUUGCAGAGCUGCUGGCGCAGCCCCUCCCUCAGCGUGCUGGGGAUCUCCACCUCGCCCUCCUGCUCGCCCUCCUGGUCCUCCAUUCCCAAAGCUGCUUCCGCCAGGGUGGUGAUCCGCCACGUGCCCAACCAGAACCCCGACCGCCUGGUGCACCGGUUCAGGGCGCACGUGGCUCACGAGUUUGCCAAGCUGCGAUCGGCUGGCAACACGGUGGCUGUCAACGUGGAGCAUGUGGGCGACUGGUGGUUAGCGGACCCCUCCUGCUCCUUCUACCAGCUCGCUGAGAAGUGCAUUCGAAGACACUGGGACUUACCCCCUAUGUACAUUAGAGAAGGAGGCACAAUGCCGGUGGUGCCGUUCCUGGAAUCGGCGCUGGGUGCUCCAGCCAUCAAGAUACCCAUCAGCCAGGCCACAGACGGCAGUGCGCUUCAGAAUGAACGGCUGGGAUGGCGCCACCUCAUCAAGGGGAAGGAUGUUAUCAGGGACUUCCUACGAGCUUUGGGGGACGGCAGCCGCAGCUGCUGAUGUCAGCAUCGACGGCUGAUGUCAGCAUCGGCAGCUGAUGUCAGCUGUAAACCCCAGCAUUUCCGACGCAAUGCAGUAGCUGAUGGAAACUCACCUGUUGACCAGUGCCGGCUAUGGCAGGACAAGAGAAUGUUGCGAAGAGACUGGAAAAUAUUGGGCCAGGUCAGGAGGAUGGAGUCAGAGGAAGCAGCUUACAGAUGAAGUCACUGUUGGGGAAAACGCAAAUACACGUGUGGGGGGGAGUUCUGGAAAAAAUCGGAGUUACGGAGCAAGACAAGUAGUUUGCCUGAUCAUGCCUCCAUCAGCCACUAGUACCUUGCACGGUAAACGCCUCAGGGGGGCAGUUUGCUUGUGGAUACCAGUAGAGAGGAUAAUUUUGAUGCAUGUACAUACCAGAUAUUUGUUAUGUAUUUGAAGAAUGCAACAUCGACCUCUGGUUUGAUGAAAUAUAUGGGUUGAGAGGAGUUUUAUGGGCACGUCCACACCAACCAACCAAACUUGCGAUACCCACCCUUGUUACCCUAUUACGCAAGAGUAUUACCUUUGCU